UGACAAAAAUAAUAAUAAAUGGUUAAUUUUAGAUGAAAUAUUUUGACGGUGUUUUUUUAAUUGGAAUGAUUGAGUACUGUUGUGAUAUACCUUCGUUAAAUAUUGAAAUGUGUUUGAAAAGUUGUAUUUCAUUUGUAAUGAAUUCCUUUAGUAACAAUAUGUUAAAAUAUGUGCAGUGAUUGACUUAAUUGUUUGACCUAUAAAUAGCCUGAAUAUUUUCCGUGUUGGAAUAUGUUCAGAUAGCGUUCAACAUGGCAACAACUCAGGGACCGGGUUUGUAUGAGUUUCUGAUUGAAGCGGAAUUGCAGCAGUAUUACAGCAAUAUUAGAAAUGAUCUAAAGAUCCAGAAUGUACCUCAGCUCAAAUAUGUUACUGAAGAUGACUUGCAGCACAUUGGCAUGUCUAAACCAGAAAUCAGAAGGCUCAAAAAGUUCUUCCAGAAACACUAUCCACAAACUUAUAUAUCUAAAUUUAAAAAGAUGAUCCUGCCGAAGCGGGAGGAGCAGGUGUCGUCCAUGAUGGUGAUGCUUCCGGACGAGGGCGCGGACAAGCCCGCCAUCAAGGUCCCUAACAAGCACAUCAUCCCCGCCGAGGCCAUCGUGGUGAACAAGGAGCUGGGCACGGGCGAGUUCGGCGUGGUGCAGCAGGGCGUGUGGACCAACGACAGCGACCGGAUCCAAGUUGCUAUCAAGUGCCUUAGCCGUGAACGCAUGCAGAAUAAUCCCAUAGAAUUUUUGAAGGAAGCUGCAAUCAUGCAUGCGAUAGAUCACGAGCAUAUAGUGAGACUGUAUGGGGUGGUACUGGAUACCAACGCACUCAUGCUGGUGACAGAACUAGCACCAUUAAGAUCACUGUUGGAAUGUUUGAAAGAAGUUUCGCUACGCUCAAGUUUCCCCGUGUUGUCACUCUGUGAUUUCGCAAUUCAGAUAUGUGAUGGGAUGCAGUAUCUAGAGAUGAAGAGACUGAUACACAGGGAUUUGGCUGCGCGAAACAUUUUAGUGUUUUCCAAGAAUAAAGUGAAAAUAUCAGACUUUGGACUAUCAAGGGCUCUUGGAGUUGGCAAAGAUUAUUACCAAACUAACUUCAAUGUUAACCUCAAACUGCCAAUUGCAUGGUGCGCCCCUGAGUGUAUCAGUUACUUGAGAUUCACUUCAGCGUCUGACGUUUGGGCUUAUGGCGUCACCCUUUGGGAGAUGUUCAGCUAUGGUUUCCAACCAUGGGCUGCGCUUACGGGACAUCAGAUACUAGAAGCAAUCGAUGAACCAAAUUUCCAAAGACUUGAACAACCAGAAGCCUGUCCUAAAGAAUAUUUCAAUAUCAUGUUGAAAUGUUGGCAGCAUGAUCCCAACAAGAGGCCCAAGUUUUCCAAUCUGAUUACAAUGUUACCAGAGUGCAAGCCAGAGCAAGUGCAAGCCGUACAAGAUUACAUAGAGGAUCCGGUUAAGGUGAAGCGAGAACAGUUAUGCUAUCGCGUUGGAGACAUCAUUACGGUUCUGGACAAAUCGCCGCUGCAAGGCGUAGGCAGCUGCUGGAAGGGCGUCCUGAACAACGGGAAGACCGGCCUCUUCAACCCGGCACACACAGUGGCAUACUUGGGCUCGAACCUGCCGUCCAACAAGCCGGGCGAAUUCGUCAGGGGAGCUAGUUCUCGCUCUUCCCUUACUGGAUUAUCUAGUGCAAGAGAUGGCAAGAGUGUGUAUGCGUCAAGGCGGCGUCUGAAACCAGAUAUGAUCUCUGGUCCUCAAGGGGAUCUGAAACACACGGGACAUGUUGGUCUGGAUGGGGCGUACUUUGGUGACAUUUCAUUUCUUGGCGGCAAGGUCAGUCAGUACCAUCACUUACCGAGGCAAGUUGUGACUCCAUACAAACCACACGAAGAUUCAGAGCACGUGUCAGACAGAGCCCCUCUACUCACUGGUCGUGAAGUGGAACCUGGGAAAGAAGUGACGUGGUCGGACGUGAAGGAGAAGGAAGAGGCCGUGCAGCCUGAUCUCUGUGCGACCAACAAGAGGAACUCCAAACAGCUGAUGGAUCAUGAGUACCAUGAGAUCAGUGACGAGGAGAACUUGAUGGACAGCCCUCGAUCAGAGAAAUCUUUUGAUUUUGGCCCGAGUCUGAUGGACGAGAUGGACGCUAUGUUUCGGUCUCUGGGGAGCUCACCCCCAUCGUCGCCGGCUCUGCCCCCCUCCCCUGCGUCGCCGCUCGACGAGGCCGUCAACGUGCGCAAUGAGCUGCGUGAGAUUGCUGCCAAGGUCACCGGCAUGGGCAAGAAGAAGCAGGCGACGGUGAAGCCUAUAUCUGCCGCAGACGAACGAACCCUUGACACUGCGAUUGCAAUGGCUAAGGAGCUCACGACCUCCUCAAUGAGCAACCUAGGCAGCGGUACCCCGCCCGAGUCACCACACUCUCCAACCACCCCAAACAGGCGCAAGUUUUUCCGCUUCCCCGCCCCCGCUAUCGGCAAACACGGCAGCCCAAAGUCCGACCGCAGGACUUUUUCCGAGGAGGCAGCCAGCAUCCCAGACAUACAGUCGACGUUAACCGAAGAAGCCAAAGAAGUGUAUAACAGUCUCGUGGAACAACCAAUUGCGUCGUCCCCGCCAGCCCAGGACACGAACCCCUUGCGGAUGCUGCGCUCUGGGGCGUUCCCGAUGGUGAGGCCCCGAGUGCGCGGGAACAAGUUCCAGCAGCCGGACGGCCCGGUGGCCACCUCCCGCAGCCUGCCCCGCGUGCGGGUGCCCCCUCCCUCGCUCUCCAUCCCCCCCGAGGCAUCCUUCCCGAGGAGCCGCUCCAACACCCACCCGGCCGACGCCGGCGACAACCACCGGAGGAGCUCCGAGUCAGAGUGCUCCGAGGACUCCUCCUCCGCCGACCAGGAGGAGAGGGGCGACAGCAGCAACCCCAUACCGCUGCCUCCGAGGGACCGCAGCAAGCCCCUGCCGCCCGUCAAGACCCGUCACCAGAGGAAGCACCCCCUCAUCAUCCCUGGCGGGGGCAUGCUCGCCAAGAUGGUCGAGGUGGCGGAGGGACGCGAGGACGGGGACGCGCUGACGAACGGCUGUGACGCUUCGGCCUCCCCUAAUGGCUCGGCCGGGCACAGUGCCAGCCUUGACGACAGCUUCGAGCAGCACAUAGCCUGCCAGCUGGAAGCCUUGGACGAUAUUCCCGAGCAGGGGACGGAAGAAACUCUGCCAUCGCCUGUGGUGUCGAUGGUUCGCCACAGCGACCAUGUCUCCUGCGAAGACUUGCUGGAGUUCGCCUGCGACACGCCGAACGCGAAACGCACGAGGGGCAAGGCUCACGGGACCGACUCCGAUGAAGUGCGCAUCAUGGGAAAGGUUCUGGGCUCUGAGGUGUCGAGCGAGGGCUGCGUGGCCGCCCUGAACGCGUGUGACUGGGACGUGCACCAGGCCAUCAAGGUGGCGAGACUGCACCACCUGCUGCACACCACCGCCACCCUCACCGUGGUCACCCUGGAGACGUGCAACGAGGCUCUCGACACCUGUGGCUGGGACGUGGCGCGCGCUGCCAGCUGGAUCAUUGCCCAGGAGCAGGGCGACACCACGCAGGUCUAGCAGCGGGUUGUUUAUUGCUGUGGCUUCAAAUUUUGACACAAGAGCUGUCAGAUUUGAAAUUAUCUUCAGAUAUCAGGAAUGCAAGUAAGUAGUGCAGUAACCAUGCACUAGUUCAGUUCAAAUAAUAAUUUUUAAAUAAUUAUUUUUAUUGGCCAGUGUGUGUGUGUCUUAAAUAAUAAUAUUGUAACCAAAUUGUAAGUACAUACAUAUUAAUAUUAAUUUUUUAUGCAUUUAUUGUGAUUUAUGUACAUACUAAUAUUUUUUAUUUCUGUAUGUCAAAUGUCAUCAUGCUAUCUAUCAAUCUAUCAUCAGUGAAUGAUACGAAUAGAUACAUACUGUACAAUAAUACUAGAUAAUAUUGGUUAUUUUUGUUUAAAAUUUAUUCUUCCAGUAAAUACAUACUUUCAUUUGAUUAUUCUGAGAACUUUUUGGAAUGUUUGCUGUGAAAGCGAGUACCUCAUUUUUGUCAAAAUAUAUCCACCAAACUGGGAGUUUUGAAGAAUUUGUCAGUAUUUCCAUAUUUAUUUGUUUAUGAUUACCAUAAAUGGUAUCAUAACUUCCAUGUGUGUUUCUUCUUUCUAAAAGGUACCUAUGUCCGUAAAAUAUUUCCAAAGUUAUUUCGAAGUACAAACUUUUUUACAUAGUUCAUAGGGAGGCAGCUCAUUAGUAUUAUGCAUCUACUUAUAGUGUACUUAUCUAGAUGUUAUUCAGUGUCUGAUAAUUGUCAGUAAAGGUACAAGUUCAUGUAAUUUGAAUUAGUUUUCUUUUGUUAGGCUGUCUGGCAUCAAGAAAAAUGGAACAGGGAACUGUCAGGAAAUUUUUAAUUUCUGGAAGAAUCGGGGAAUAGUGAGGGAUAUAUAUUGGCCAGGUAAUUCAAAUGAAAUGACCAGAUAGGCUUAUCCUGUAUAGAUUAUCCUGAUCCAUUAACUGUGACAAGCAAAUUGUAUUUUGGGUUCAGUCUUUGGUCCAGUGCUGGUUGCCAAGUGUUAUUGAACCAAGGGCAAAGGGUGUUUUCAAAGUCCGAGAACCAAAAUCUUGAGUAUAAAAUUUUCAAUAGGGUUAAAGUUUUUUGAAUUGUAAGGUACAUAAGUGCAUUGUGUGUUAAACUAUUAACCUCCUUAAUAAUUGAUAAUGACAUUAAGGGUGAAUGUGCAAAUGUGGUAUUUUUAUAAUGAUCUUCCCCUUAAAAUUAAUUGAGAUAUCUUACCACAGAAAUAUUUAGAUAGCAUAUUUUUCAAUGCAACACCACAGUCGCAAGAGACAUCUCUCUUUCUCCUUCCUGCCACCACGCACUGCUUCCUUCUUUCCCCUCUUCGAUGUUCUCUCCCUGACUUCCCCUCCGCAGCUUGGAUGGCUGUAGGAAGCAAAACCAGCUUACAUUUUCCUUGCAAUGUAUAACUGCGGCCUAUACCUAACCAGGGUACGAGUUAACUUAAUUUUUUUCUCAACAUUUCAGAAAUCCAUUUUGUGUAUUGAGGAUCAAAAAAAAAAAAUUUGCUGAAAUUAGUUGUUACAAAGCCACUGUUUUACAACACAUAUGUAACAACACAUUAAUUCAUAAUAUGCUUAUACUCAUUGUUGGCGGGAGGGAAGCGGAGAGAAGGCUCGGUUCCCCCAGUCUGGCCGCGUUCUGGCUUUGGACACGAGCGGAAAACACGAAGAUAGCCGAGCUCAGAGUCUCGACAUAAGAAACGGACAUUAGGAGCACAUCGAAGAAUGCUAUUAUAAAUAUAUAGUGUACUUUUUCGAAAAGAAUUUAUGUAUUUACCCAUGUGUGGGUCUCUGUAAAUGUCCGUGAACUGGCACUGUAUACAAACAUCACAUUUCUAUCUCAAAAGGUUUUUGUGAUGCAACUGUGUACAAACAUUGUUUCAUUCUUGAAAAAACUGCUCUAAAGGACAUGCUGAUUUUUUUUUAUUAGGAUAGAGAAAAUUGAAAAUUUGAUAAGGAAAUAGCAUGUCUUCUUUUCUCUCUUGGAGAAAGGCGCGGGCAAAAAAAAAAAGAACAAUAAA